AAACUAUGGUCUACAGAUGGCAGCAGUGUGCUUAAGCAUGUAUGUCGUUACCAGAGAAGAAGAUCGUACUGGGGUGUAUUCUGCACUAUAAACAGGGAUGGAUAAAGUCAUAACCUGUUUCAGCAAGUGCCCAGAUGCUUCUGUCCGGCUCAUCUGUUUUCCCUGGGCAGGUGGAGGCUCUAUCCACUAUGCUCGCUGGGGCAAAGCUCUCAACAGCUCUAUUGAAGUAUACUCAGUUCGUCUGCCAGGAAGAGAAGGGAGAGCCAAAGAACCAUUUUGCCAAAAUAUGCAGGAAAUCAUUGAUGAGGUCAUAGGUGUGAUACUUCCUCAACUCAAAGAAAAGCCAUUUGCACUCUUCGGACAUAGUUUUGGAGCUAUGACCUGCUUUGCCUUUGCCGAGCAUGUAAAGAAAGUCUACAACCUUGAACCGAUCCACAUGUUUCUCUCUGGAGCCUCUGCACCAUAUUCUGAGACAAGACUGCAGGCACCAAAAAGAAGUCAUUUGUCAGAUCAAGAGUUCCUUAUCUGGGUAACAUCUAUUGGGGGCACACCCCCAGAGAUACUGGCCAAUGAUGAGCUCGCCAAACUCUUCUUGCCUGCGCUGAAAGCAGACCUCUAUGUAGUGGACAACUAUAGGUGCAGCAGACCAUCAACACCUUUCCUAUCAUGUCCAGUAUCAUGCUUUGAUGGAAAAGAAGAUGCACCCCAUGACUUACAAGCUUGGAAGAACAUGACGAGCGGUGACUUCACUGUGCAGAUGCUUCCUGGAUCUCACUUUUACUUGAAAGAAGCAGCAAAUGAAAAAUAUAUACUGGACUGCAUCACAAAACAUCUUGAGACAGCAGAGAUGGACUAUCUAUAGAAACUCUGUCUGCAACUGCAACUAUGCUAAAUCUGUGCCAUAAAUACAUGUACUCAUAAUUCAUAUUCACUGAUGAAAUGAUUUCUUAUGAUUGUGGGAAGAAAAAAAUUAGAACAGACAGAGAGUAAGCCAGUUAAUUCCAGAAGUAAUCAAUCAUUCCAUUAAUCAAACAUUCAUGAACUACUUUGACCAAUAUAUCAUGAUUAUAUAAUCCUAUGUAUAUACAGAUAUAGUAAUUUUUGAGGAUAAAAAAAAGCUGAAAUAUGAAAAUAAUUAUCAAAUAAUCAACUUCAAACCUGUAAAAAAAUAUAUAGCUGAACUAUUUGUAUGAAAUAAAACAGUCUGAGCAAGUU